AUGGUUGUACAAGCAUUCUUAAAAGGUCUAAUUGACACUGAGGCGCAUCGAUCAGCUGCCCAUGUGAACAUAUUGAGAGCACAAAAGUCCCAGGCACAGUAUGUGGAACGAAGAAUAGCCAGCGAAAAAACCGGUUAUCAACUCCCAUUCAAGAUAGGUGAAACUGUACUCAUGUACAAUGACAUUGUAUCUCGAAAGUCCUCCGAAAAACUCAACGACAGGUAUACCGGUCCGUAUUAUAUACAUCAAGUAUUCCCAAAUAGCACAUAUAUUAUCAAAUCUACAACAGGAGAGUUGCUCCAUCGUUGCCCACCUUCAUACAAGAAACUAACAAAUUCAAUGAAUCCAAUUACCCAGAACCAAAAAUUCCUCGACCAAUUCCUGGUCGAGUCUCCCCCAAGCAGCCCCCCUCAAACCUUGUCGGACACUCCCCCUCUCCCUCCUAUCCUUUUAGGUGGCGGUACUACCACCCUUCUGAUGGCUACCUCCAUUCUGGACCAUCUAAACCAGUCGGACCAAAUUGAACUAUUGGAAUGCCUCUAUAAAACCCAGAAACAAGUACAGCGGCUAAUCAACAAGCAAAUAUCUAAAGUCGCCAAAUUAACCCACAAAAACAUAAAAAAAGAUGGAUUUUCAAUCCUGUACAACAAAGAUUAUCAAGAAGCUCAUCAAAGUGUCUUCACUUCCAAGAAAAUGAUCGAGAAAGUAUCUCAAAAGGCUCAACAAUUCCACAAUCAAACGCCAAAGCAAACUGCCAGAAUACACAAGCAGAAAUAUCAACCCAAAUCACAACCCAACUCGAUUCAUUACAUACCAAGGAAAGGGGCCAAGCCUAGUGCAAACAACAAACCCUGA